UCAGUUUCGUUUAGUAUUGGUUUUGUCCUUGCGGAGUACGGUUUACUGUGUUUUACAUUUCAGAAAAAAAAAAAAUUAUAAAAUAUCAAGUGAUAAUGGAAACAAUGAUAAUGGAAAUAGAUGAGUGUCCAACGAAAAUUUUUGAUCUACCCGACGAUUGUCUCGGAAAGAUAUUUGACUAUUUACCAGGACAUCAUAUGACCAAGAAAUUCGCUUCUAUUUGUAAACGAUUUGCUCAAAUAUACUGUGACAACUAUAAGCAUAAACUAAUUUUGGAGGGCUGUGACCUAACCGUUCUCGAUAAAUAUAAAAUAGGAAUAUUCGGAGAAUUUAUUGACGAGGAUUUCUUUCCAUUGAAAAAUUUGAAAACAUUAAAAUUGAAUAAGGUCUCUGCAAAAUCUUUUACGCCAAAAUUUCUUAACUCCAUACGACGCGAUCAUCAUGGUAUCGAAGUAGUUGAACUGACUGGAUUUACAGAUAACGAAGUAGAGCACCUUCUGCCGCUGCCGAAUGUGAAAAGUCUGAAAUUAAGUUUAUGCGACGUGUCAGGUGAAUAUAUGGAAGGCUUUCGAAAACUAGAGGAAUUAAUAUUGGACUCGACAUCGAAAUUCCAUUCUGUAUUUUUAUUGAAAAUUGUUAAAAACAAUAAUUUACGUAAACUAAUAGUGCGGGGCUCACCGUUUGCUUUAACACCACAUUACGUCGAUAAAAUCAUACCGUUCAUAAAUAACAUAGAAGAAUUGGAAUGCAGCUGGUAUGAAAUAAGUUUCUGUUGUGGUGUCAUAGGCAAAUUACCUCAUCUGAAAACAUUAAUUUUAAACAAUUUCAAAACGACACUCUGCAUCAGAUGUCAAAAGCUUGAUAAUGGUGAACUCCGUUUACCCACCAGCCCAUUUUGGGUAUGUAAGUGUGGCCCAUACGAUGCACUGCCCUUGUUUACGGGUUUAUAUGAAAAAAAUAUCUUGGAAAGACUAACUUUCAUCGGUUCACGUAUAACGCAAAGGGAUAUUUCUCACAUUGGAAAAUUGAAGAGAUUGAAGAAAAUUCAUAUUGGCAUGGAUAAAGUGCCAGUGUUUAUAUCGCUUGAAGGUUUUCACUGUAUGCGAGAUUUGGAAGAACUCGAUAUUGGUUACUCAUACAAACUGCCGACAGAAGUUUUAGGGCUACUAGAAAAUUGUCAAAAUUUGAAAUUUAUAAAUAUCGGUAAUUGUCGUGGAUAUACGAAAGGCUUCCUCUACAGAGUUAUCGAUAUUAUAAAGGAAAGGGGUGUGCCCGAUGAGGAGCCCGUAAAAAUACAACUCGUUAAUCCGAGAAUGAGUAGAUCGCUUCUGAUGCACCCGGAUAUUGUGGCUGCCUCGAAUAUCGUAUCAUUCGAAAUAUUUAGGGCAUAUGAUUCCUUUUGCAGAUUUCAUUCCAGACCCCCCGUUUUUUACAUUUGUUGAAAGAAAAGUUUAUAAAAGUUUUCAAAGCACAAAACUAGCGUUUGCGGUGCAAAAACCGUCGAGACAUUUUAAAUUACAUAAACGAAAUUAAAUGAUGGAAAAAUAUAUAUACAUAUAUUUUGAAAUGGAAAAAGAAGUAAUAUUAUCAUUAAUAAAUAUAAUUAAUAAAACACAUCAAAUCCCUGCAAGAAAGCUUCCGAAUAUUAGAGCAAACAUAUCCCUCCAAGAAGGCUUCCGAUCAUUAGAGCCAACAUAUGCCUGUAAGAAGACUUCCGAUCAUAAGAGCCAUCAUCUAUGAGGACUGCAUGACGACAUAUCCCGUCAGCUCGUAAAACGAUUUGCCUAUCACUUUCUUAAGGCCGAAAUGAUAAACGUGAUGUUUACAUUUGUAAACGUGUACGUCAUUCUCUCUUCGUUUCCUUGUGCAUUUUUGUCAUUCUUGUCGGACAAGCCGAACAGAGCUGAGCGUCAGCAUUGAUACCAAAAAAACAGCUGCAGUGCCGUUCAGCCGAACACAAAUGAGCGACAGCAUUGAUGUCGAAGGAAAUCAGCUUUGACAAAAAUUUCAUAUAUACAUAAAUACAAACAUUAUGAAGAUUAUGUGCAUGGUUUACAUAGCAUACAAUAGAAAUAACAAUACAACAAUAAAUUCGGUACAAAAAUC